CAAAAGUGACUCACUCGCUUCCUCCCUCCCUCUCGCUCUUGAUGUGGCUCAGCUUCCUGGCCUGACAAGGAUAUUUCCUCCUCCCCUGCUGAGCUGGCAGCUAUGGAAACGGCAAGCCUUGCUCUCUCAGAACAGACCUUGGCAAAGAGGCCCUGCUCAGACUGGAAGGGUUUGCAGUGGUGGGAGCUCACUAGGAUUGCCCCCCGCCCCCAUUGCUCUGCUUUCCAACUUUGGCCAAGGGGACUUGCAAGAUAAGCAACCUGCUGGUACCCGCAGGCCAGAGGGACAUGAGCUCAGGGACAGUGGCAGUGGCCCCUGUGGCCAAGAACGUGAUGGUGUAUCGCAACGGGGACCCCUUCUUCCACGGCAGGAAGUUCGUGGUGAGCCACCGGCGGUUCCUGACCUUUGAGGCCUUUUUGAACGAGGUGACCAGCACAAUCCACGCCCCCACGGCCAUCAGAAGCAUCUACACCCCCCGGCACGGUCAUCGGGUCUCCGACCUGGACGAGCUGCAGAAUGGGUGCCAGUACAUUGCAGGAGGCUUUGAGAGAUUCAAGAGACUGGAGUGAGUAGGCACUUGGAGGCUGGCUGUGCUGCCUGCCCUACCGAUGGCAGCAGAAUACCUGCCCCCCUCCCCAACCCCAAAUAAUCCCAGGCUCUCUGCAGAAAAUCAGCUCCACUGACUCUGAACCUGUUAGCUAUGUUGACUGGCAGGGAGGGAUGAAGUCAGGUAUGAGGGCAUUGAUUUCCUACCAAAAAUGAGGGUGUCUUCUCACCUGGGGCACUGCAGGAUGCCAGAUUUUUAUUUGAAAGUAGCUGCUGGUGUAUGUGGGGGGGGGGGCACUACGUACAGGGGAUUUAGGCUUUCAACCCAGCUGUCCUGCACCAUUUCCCUAGAUAAAAAUUGUCCUCCUAAGCUGCAGUUAGCUCUGUAGGGAAACAUGCUGGUUCAAUGUGCAUGUUUUCUCCUGUUGAGCAAAUAACAGGACUGGGGGCGGGGGGAGGUCAUUUAAACCUGAAAGACCCUGCCAAACAGAGUUAACCCUUUCUCCCGUAUGCUGUCCCUGAUCCUAUCCAAUGUUUUUGUUUUCAUGUACAGCCGCCUCAUGGCUGUGAGCCUUUUAGGAAUAUGUUCGGGAGGUGCCUAGAAAUAGACACUGAAUCUCGUUGUGUCUGGCAAGUCGUCUUAUAAGAAAACUCCCUCAGAGAGCUCCCUCUGCUGGCACGUGGUAUUUGUUUAUUUAUUAAAUUUCCAUGCUGCCCUAUACCCGUAGAUGUCAGGGCAGUUCACAUCGUAAAAUUCUCAUAUGAAAACACACACAAAAUACAUAAUAAGCGUAAGAACAAAGACAACCCAAUAAUCCCCCCUCCCACCACACAUUUAAAAGGGCAUCAGAUGUCAUUCCGCCCAAGACCUGGUUGAAGAGGAACAUUUUCUCUGGACAUCUAAGUGUAUAAUGAAGGCACCAACUGAACCUCUCUGGGGAGAGCAUUCCACAAACGGAGCCACUGCAGAAAAGGCCCGUUUUUGUGUUGCCACCCGAAGGCCUCCUUGCGGCAGGAUCUCCUACAUGAGUCCUGAUGGCAUGGUGGAAGUUAAGAGCAUAAGUAGAGCCCACCUGCUGGAUCAGGCCAGUGGCAAUCUAGCCCAUCACCCCUUACUCCCCAACAUUUCUCUGAUGAAAAUAGGGACGUCCUAUUCAGUAGUAGUAGCAGUAGUAAUACCCCACCCAUCUGAUUGGGUUGCCCCAGCCACUCUGGGUGGCUUCCAAUGUAUAUAAAAACCAUAAUAAAAUAUUAAUCAUUAAAAAACUUCCCUAUUCAGGGCUGCCUUCAGAUGUCUUCUAAAGUAUUGCUGCCAUAUGUCUGGGUUUUCCUGGACACGCCUGGGAAUCAGAUUGUCAAAAUGGCGGCUGGGCAACUGGGAUGAUUUUUAAAAUAAAAAUGCUUUAAAAAAAUCCGCCCCAAGGCCCCAAGCCUUACUUGUUUUUUAGUCAACAACUUUGUCCGGAUUUUCACUUUUGGGAAUAUAGCAACCCCACUUGAAAGGUUGUAAUUACUUAUCUCCUUGGCUCAGGGGUCGCGUAACUGCAUCUCCUCCCACAUUUCUCUGAUGAAAAGAGGAAAAGCAGGACAUUCUGGGAUCAAAUCAGAAACUGGAACGGCUUCUGUAAAUCCAGGACUAUCCCUGGAAAAUAGGGGCACUUGGAGGGUCUCUCAUCCUGUUCUUACUCUGGCCCUCUGGGAAACGCACAAGGAAGACCUGAGUGCCAUAGCAACACCCUUCCCAUUUGGGAUUCCCGUACCCAUACAGGAAGCCCCACAAUGGGCUGUUGUGUCCUAGGAAGGCUGCCCUCCUGGAUUGUGACAGCAGCAAGUCUGUGAUGUCAGCCCACAAACAUCACAGGCAUUAUCCUCAGCAAGUAUUGUGUAUGCGUGGGCUCCUGACAUACAAAGCUGAUGUGCAAGGUAACGGAACAGUCUGAAUUUCAGUGCCUCUUAUCCCACAGUCCGCUGGGAAUACAGUCAAUCUUCUGGCAGGCAACAAGGGCUGCUUUAAGGAGCGGUGUAUCUGGUGGUCAAUGUUUAGUGCAGCCUUCCUCAACCUGGUGCCCUUCAGAUGCUUUGGACUACGCUCCCAUCGGCCCCAGCCAACAUGGCCCAAAACAGGGGUGGGUGGGUGUCCAAAGUCUGGUGGCUUUUGGAGGGUCCCAGAGAGAAGAGGUGACUCAGCCCUUUGCCUGAGACUUGUGGAGAGUGACUGAGGUGAAUCAUUGUGAUUAUUAUUAGGAGAGAACUAGAACCUUUCUGCAAGUGCUUUUGACUUUGGAGAUCAUGGCUGAGGUUUCGGAGGGACAGGGCACACAAGUCUAAUGAGGCUUCUAUUGAGGGGCUAUAUUUUGCUAGAAAUAAUGGGGGGCAUUUUAUUAAUUAAUAUUAAUAAAUAUUUCUAGAAGUGUUUCAUUUUUUUAGAGAAGUGGUUCUUCUUGUCUGCUCAGUCUUCUAGGUGCUGUGUGGAGGGUUGGUGAAGUCACCUGUAAGCAAUCUUGCUUGGGGAGGCCUUUCCUCUUGUGAUUUGGCUGCCUUUGCUUGCUGAUUUGAUGGUAGUAUUUAUUGCACUCCAUGAAAUAAGGACCCCAGCUUGAUCACUGCCGUUAACCAGAAGAGGGCAUCCCUUGCUUUUGACUUUCAGAUGUCUCUUGAAGACCUUUUUAUGUCAACAGGCCUGUUCAGUUGUUUAAAUUUUUAAAAAGAUGAGCCAGUCAAUUAUUACGAUUGUUUUGUACUGUUUUGAGGCACUUUACAGGUGUGUGUGUGUGUGUGCGCGCGCGCAUUGUUGUACAUUGCCUUAAUAUAGUUUAUGGGAGGAGGCAGUUUAUAAAUAUUUUAAAGAAAUAAAUAUUUUGUUUUAACAUGCUGUUUCCCACUUUGGGGGCCUUUGGGCCAAAAAAGUGUAUAAUUUGUAGUUGUCAUAAUCAUAUAUUAGAGACUGGAUUAGGACCCUAGUCUUUAUUUGCUCCUCAAGAGCGUUGGGGGAUUUUAAUGGUUGUUGACAGGGAUGUUAGCAGAAGAGAAAGGUGGGUGUGAGACAGACAGAGGCAGCUGUUUGGCAGUUUGCAUUUUGGAGGGCUGUUACAGUACGAAGUUGGGGGUCGUUUCUGGCUUUUGUAAACCACAGUGUCUCUGGCUUUGGUUGCCUCCAAAGAGUCACUAUUUUCUGGGAGAGGGGCGGGAUUCAAGGGAACACCAUAACUUUAGGUUUGCACAACAAUUAACGUUCACCACUGCUGUUCAGGCUGCACAGGGGAAAAAAUUGGUUCUAGAAAUUUGUUCUGAUUGUGCAGAUAAAAUAUAAUGGAUAGAAUUCUACAGGAUGUGAUAUUAGUGUGUGAAAACAAUCAAGAUCCGAUGAUCCCCAGGCAUGAUGGAGAUGUCAGGCGCCAUUCUGGUUCCCUGGCAUCUUCAUUUGUUCGCAAGUGGCCGAUAGUCAGGUUCAAAAUACGCCUGGCUCCUGGCUAAUUUCGAACACUGGCAAUAAAGCAGCAGCAGCAAUGGCCAUGGUGCUGCUGGUGCCUGCUUACUUGCUCACCCCUGCAAGUCCUGGGGGGCACCCCUGCUAUACCGCAGCACUUCGUUGCAGAUCCAACUAGUUUUUUUAAUCACCCAAAUAUUGCUGUUUAUAAAGAUCACAUUGGUUUCGUCAUGGGACAUUAAUUCCACCAAACAAGAAGCUGUAAAGCUAAAUUACAUGUCCAAUCCAUAGCAGAGGAGAAUGAGACUUGGCAACAGUAGACUUAACCAGACCCAAUCAGUGAGUCAGACGUGAGCUGGGAUUUGACCUCUGCUUGCUCACCCUGUUCAUUUUCUUCCGUCAUUGCUUUGACAGCUAUCUAAACCCUGGAAUGAAGCAGCUCGAUGGGAACCAGAAGAAAGACAGAGUGCAGGUGAGUUCCAGAGCGGGGCAGGGAAAGGCCUCGGCUGUUUGCAAGCAGCUGAUGCUGCUUUAAAGGAUGAGCAGUCUAAAGCGGUUUUCACACACACACACACACACACAAACUUUUAUUGGCACAUUAGGCACUGUGGAAGCAAAAGAAUAAGCUUUGCCUUCAGGCUUACAGUCUGGAAAAGUUACUCUUUCUGCUUGGCCCACCCACUCCAAUAUAGUCCAGUCUCUGAUAAGCCAAUGCAGUGAAGCAAACCUGCAAGAGGGCUCUGAACUGCUCUGUUUCCAUGUUUUUAGGCUCAGUAGAAAGCAGCUUUAAGUGAUUUUAAAUGUUUGGUGUUUUAUUAUGCUUUUAUAUUUGUUGGAAGCCACCCAGAAAGGCUGGGGCAACUGGUCAGAUGGGUGGGGGUACAAAUAAUAAUAAUAAUAAUAAUAAUAAUAAUGAUGCGUGUGUUUGUACACAAAUUGCAAUGCCUGGUAGCUGAUGCAAGUAAGUUAUCCACCCAUCCACUGAUUUUUCUCUUAAAUAUAGCAACAAGACCUUGAACUAUCUAUCACUGUGGUGAUUCUACUUAGGUCGAAAGGCAAGCAGUGGCGGGGUACAGAAUGGUCCACUCAUUGAAGAUGGUGAUAUGAAUUAUAUAGGUUAACCUCUGAAGAGUAAAUCUGCGGAGGAAGGUCUGAAUCUUCCUCAGGCUGAGUGGAAGCCCUUGAGUUAGCCCCAUCCACCUUACAAGACUAAAAAUCAUACAAUUGUAAGAGUUGGAAGGGAACCACGUGGGUCAUCUAGUCCAACCCCCUUUAAUGCAGGAAUCUUUUGCCCAACUUGGGGCUUGAACCCAUGACCCUGAGAUCAAGAGUUUCAUGCUCUACCAAAUGAGCUGUGUGUAUAUACAGUAAAGCUUUAGUCACCGUAGCAGCAAGAUGUGCAAUCAGCAAGCUAUUGUGAAGGCUUCUUUCUGUGUUGGUGACAACAGAGACCUUGUCUUAGCAGUGCCUCUUAGGAACAGGCCUGCCAAGGCCACAAUGACUCACUGCUGUGUGCCAUAGUUCUGGGCUUAGCGGGGAGGGCAGCAGCCCAUUUAACCUGUUGUUGGCUGUCUGGUUUCAAAUUUCGAGUUUGAACUCUAGAAUGCAUAAACCUGUCAGGCUUUCCUGGGCUGCCUCUGUCUUCUGAGUCACCCCAUGUCCAUCGCUUGUCAGACUUGGUCCUCCCUCCCCUCUUCUGGUCUUCCAAAAAUCAGAUUGUAAGGUUGCUGGGGUAGAGACCCCUGUUGGUCUCUCUUUUCUGUUUAUGCUUAUCUGCAGAGCACCAAGAGCAUGGCUGGAGAUCUCUUGUUGUCAAUAACAAUUUUGGUGUUUCUGGUCUUCAGAGCUACCCAGUUAUUCCCCAGAAGAUGCCUGUUUCGACACAGUGGAGGAAGCAGGCGAACUUGCCCUGCAUUAUACAGUGAGUGACUCCCUGGCUGCUUCUGACAAUUUCCCCUUUGGAGCAGUAGAGAACUAAAACAAAUGUUCUUUGGACAGUGGUGGUGGGGGGAGUGCAGGGAUUAUUAGGAAAGGGUCUGAAGGCAGAACAUGCCCCGUCCCUCACUCCAGGCCUGGUUCAAGCCAUGUUUCUUGACUGUUAUAGGGGUAAACGUCUUGGCACAAGGGCUUCGUGCUGCUUUUAGCUGGUGUGUGGUUAGCAAAAAUGUAUAAAUCUGAAUUAAGUACCUGUUGGAUGCAAGGCGGCUUGGAGGUUCCUGAAGCAACAGUGGCAUUAAGUGUCUUGUUGUAUGUAGUGGGUGGAUUUGGUGGUCGUCAUUGUAUACCAUCAGUGUAUACCAUUCACACACUGGUUCAUCUUGGUCAGCAUUGUCUACAGUGACUGGCAGUGGUUCUCCAACGUUUCUUUUUUUUUUUUAAAUAAUAUUUAUUGAAAAUUUUUUAGAAUUACAGAAAAAAACACAGCAGAAAAAGAAAAAAAAGAAAGCAAAAAGAAAACAAACCACAUCAAACAAUGUAGAUUCAAAAAACAAAAAUACACCACAAACAGAUAAAAACAAAUCCAUCAUUCUCGAAUCCUCAACUUUCAUUACCUUCUUUCUUUGACCUCCUCCUCCUCCCUUUUUUUGUAUCCUAGUUAUUAAUUAUCGCAGCAAAUCCUUUCCAUAUUUCAUAAUAUUCUGUCAUUACAUUACCUUAAUCUAUUUUCAUCUUAUCUUAUAGAAAACCUUAAAACUUAAAACUUAAAUCUUAUUUUUACCAACUUCUUAUAACCAUAAUAUUCUUACCUAAUUCUUUAGACAUUUUUGCUAGAGCCAAGUAAUUUCGUUCCAACAUUUUUCUAACAUUCAUCAAUUUUAUAAAACAAUCCUAAUAAUAAUAAAAAAGAAAUAAAAACAAUCCAAUCUUCAUCCAGCAUCCCUUCCUCCUGGUCCCGGGUUUUGUCAGUCCUUUUUAGCCCAUUUAUCUAGCGCAUUAACCUGGCAACCUUAUAUCCGAGGCCCUUAAGGCUCUUCCAUGUCCCUUCCGCGGCUCUUCUUCAUAUUCUCCUUUCACUCUUGGGAACUCCAGCUUGGUAAUGUUUUUGACCCUUUUCAACAAAUAAGCCCCUUUUCCAAAGUCCAGACUAAACUCCAUGUGGUAUUUGAAAACAUGUUUCAGAAUCCCUCCAAGAUUAAGAGCCCCCACAGCCCCAAACAUCUCACGGCCCAUUGCCAGACUUGGAAAGUCCAAACAUCCCUGCAUAGAAUCAUAGAGUUGGAAGAGACCACAAGGGCCAUCGAGUCCAACCCCCUGCCAAGCAGGAAACACCAUCAGAGCACUCCUGACAUAUGGUUGUCAAGCCUCUGCUUAAAGACCUCCAAAGAAGGGGACUCCACCACACUCCUUGGCAGCAAAUUCCACUGUCGAACAGCUCUUACUGUCAGGAAGUUCUUCCUAAUGUUUAGGUGGAAUCUUCUUUCUUGUAGUUUGGAUCCAUUGCUCCGUGUCCGCUUCUCUGGAGCAGCAGAAAACAACCUUUCUCCCUCCUCUAUGUGACAUCCUUUUAUAUAUUUGAACAUGGCUAUCAUAUCACCCCUUAACCUCCUCUUCUCCAGGCUAAACAUGCCCAGCUCCCUUAGUCGUUCCUCAUAAGGCAUCGUUUCCAGGCCUUUGACCAUUUUGGUUGCUCCUCCUCUGGACACGUUCCAGUUUGUCAGUGUCCUUCUUGAACUGUGGUGCCCAGAACUGGACACAGUACUCCAGGUGAGGUCUGACCAGAGCAGAAUACAGUGGCACUAUUACUUCCCUUGAUCUAGAUGCUAUACUCCUAUUGAUGCAGCCCAGAAUUGCAUUGGCUUUUUUAGCUGCCGCGUCACACUGUUGGCUCAUGUCAAGUUUGUGGUCAACCAAGACUCCUAGAUCCUUUUCACACGUACUGCUCUCAAGCCAGGUGUCACCCAUCUUGUAUUUGUGCCUCUCAUUUUUUUUGCCCAAGUGCAAUACUUUACAUUUCUCCUGUUAAAAUUCAUCUUGUUUGUUUUGGCCCAGUUCUCUAAUCUGUCAAGGUCGUUUUGAAGUGUGAUCCUGUCCUCUGGGGUGUUAGCCACCCCUCCCAGUUUGGUGUCAUCUGCAAAUUUGAUCAGGAUGCCCUUGAGUCCAUCAUCCAAGUCGUUGAUAAAGAUGUUGAAUAAGACCGGGCCCAAGACAGAACCCUGUGGCACCCCACUAGUCACUCUUCUCCAGGAUGAAGAGGAACCAUUGAUGAGCACCCUUUGGGUCUCGGUCAGUCAGCCAGUUACAAAUCCACUGAGUGGUAGCAUAGUCAAGACCGCAUUUUACCAGCUUCUUUACAAGAAUAUCAUGGGGCACCUUGUCAAAUGCCUUGCUGAAAUCAAGGUAGACUACAUCCACUGCGUUCCUUCAUCUACCAGGCUUGUAAUUCUGUCAAAAACGAGAUCAGGUUAGUCUGACAUGACUUAUUUUUCAGAAAUCCAUGCUGACUAUUGGUGAUCACAGCAUUCCUUUCUAGGUGCUCACAGACUGUUUGCUUAAUGAUCUGCUCCAGAAUCUUCCCUGGUAUUGAUGUCAGACUGACUGGGCGGUAAUUAUUUGGGUCCUCUCUUUUCCCUUUUUGAAAAUAGGGACAACAUUUGCCCUCCUCCAGUCUGCCGGGACUUCGCCUGUUCUCCAGGAAUUCUCAAAGAUGACUGCCAGUGGUUCUGAGAUCACAUCUGCCAGUUCUUUUAAUACUCUUGGAUGCAAUUCAUCUGGCCCUGGAGACUUGAAUACAUCUAAACUAGCCAAGUAUUCUUGUACUAUCUCCUUAGUUAUUCUGGGCUGUGUUUCCUUUGCUGAAUCAUUUGCUUCAAAUUCUUCAGGUCGGGCAUUGUUUUCUUUAUCAGAGAAGACUGAGGCAAAGAAGGCAUUGAGGAGUUCAGCCCUUUCUGUGUCCCCUGUUUGCAUUUCACCAUCUUCUCCUCUGAGUGACCCCACUGUUUCUUUGUUCUUCCUUUUGCUACGAACAUACCCAUAAAAGCCUUUUUGUUGCUUUUAAUCUCUCUAGCAAGCCUGAGUUCAUUCUGUGCUUUAGCUUUUCUGACUUUGUGUCUACACGUGCUGGCUAUUUGUUUGAAUUCCUCUUUGGUGGUUUCCCCCCUUUUCCAUUUUUUGUACACAUGGGGGGGGUCUAUCCAACCCCCCAUUUCCAAACCAGUCCAAACUUUAUCUUUCCAAAUCUGGCUUUUUCCAAGUUCAUUUGUCAAAUCCAAAAGCUCAUGUUCCUGAAGGGCCACAGCUCCCUCCAUCUCUGGCGCCCAAGAUUCAGCAACUCAGUUUCAGGCCAGGUUCUCUCCCAGCCCUACCAGGUGCCACUGGGGUUUCAACUGGGACCUUCCAUAUGCAACCAUUCCACAGAGCCACGCCCCUUCCCAAAGGAAUGGAGAGCUUACACAUACAGGUGACUAUGGAAAUCAUGCCCCAUGCAGCCUGUCCCUUUGCUUCUCUGUUGAAGUGUUUUCCGCAACGGGGACCUGCUAAGCCCCCCCUUCCGCCUGAUCCUCAACAAGAGCACCCUGCAGGAGUGGAGUGCCGUCCUGUCCAUCUUGUCAAUCAAGGCGAACCUGCGGACUGGGGCUGUUAGAAGGUGAGUACUUUGAACAAGCUCCACCCCUUUUGCCUGCCUUUCGCUUUCCAGCAACGAGAUUCUUUGGAAAAUGGACCCGAAUGUUUUUGUCUCCUAGGAGGCACCUCUAUGUGGGAUUUAUUGAAUUCUGGAACACUGGCUAUUUAUAUGUUGUUUAAUGCCAAAAUAGACUUUUAAGUAGUUUAUAAGUAGAAAAACCAGCUGGGAAUGAUAUGUUUUCAGUAUGGGGCUGCCUUUCCAAAGGUGUGGUGGUUAGAGCAUUGGAUGAUGACCUGGGAGACCAAGGUUCAAACCCCUACUCAGUCAUGAAGCUCACUGGGUGGCCUUCGGCCAGUCACUCUCUGCCCAACCCACCUCACAGGGUUGUUAUAAGGAUAAAAUGGGGAAGAAUCCCGCCUUGAGCUUGAAGGAGAGGUGGGGUAUAAAUGCCAUAAAUAGAUAAAAAUAAUUGGCAUUGCUAGAUUCUUCUUCUGAAAGUGCCCAUUCCUAGGAAUAUGUGCAACAAGGUUUGUUGACUGGGGGUAACAAGCAACCACGUGGUCUGUAGGAAGAGAGCUGCACUCUCUUUUAUAUUGGCAACACUGUCAUGGUUUUCCUCCCAAGGAAUUCAGGGAACUGUAAUUUGGCAAUUCUACUCAAAGUCCCAAGCUGUCAACACAGUUCCCAAGGGAAGACAGUGAGAUUUAAACCCACAUUGUUUUGUGCUGUAGGUUUAAUGUUUGAAUAGAAUACCAAUUCAUUAUUAUUAUUUUACAGUAAUGCAGAAAGGUGCAAAGUUCAUUCUCAAGACUUUGUAAGCAUUUUGGUUUGCUAGUUUCACUUCAGAUUUAUAGUGAAGUUUCAGAAACUACUUUAUACCGAGGCAGACCAUUAACCCAUCUAGCUCAGUAUUGCCCACACUGGCUGGCACUGGCUUUCCAGGGUUCUCUCCCAUGGAAAGGUUGUUUUCUGCAUGCGAAGCAGGUGCUGCACCACUGAGCUAUGGUCCUUCUCCAUUCAAAUAUAGAACUUUCUCUCCAUCCUCAAUCUCAUUCCCAGUUUAGAUUUUCCUGCCUGUAAGAUACUCGCUUUUCUGUCUCUGGCCAGGCUCUGCAAGCUCAAUGGCGAUGCCGUCUCCACUGGUGAAGAUCUGGUGAGCGGCAACUACUACGUGGCGGUGGGCCUGGAGAAGUACAAAGACCUGCCCUACUUCGAAUUGCUAGUGCCCCCAAAGAUAACACACCAGCCAAUUCGGUAGGUGGCUAAAGUCACUGAGGGCCAGUUCAAGUGCCACUCCUUAGAUGGCUACAAGACUGUAAACACCAGCCCCUCCCCACUCCUUGUUCAUGCUGCUAAAACUUGUUCUGUCCCUCUUGUUCCAAACAUAGCCCUUUAAAGCAAAAUAAAAAUCAUUCAUAAUCGUAUUUGUAGGCCACUUUUCUACAAAACAAAUAAUGCUCUUACAACCAAGGAAACAGGAAUGCAUUUCAAAAUCAAACAGUGCAAAAACAAUGUCCUAAUUACAUAGUAAAACAACACGAUAGCAGAUAUAACAACGUACCAAAGGCAACUUUUUAGAACUAUAAGAAUUAUUAUUUUAAAAUAAAUCUUACCUGUCCAGACCCUUUUUCCCUAACCAAACUUAUCUGGGUGUGGGCCGCAGUGAAUUUCCUGCUUCUAUGAUUACAGGGACCACUCAAAUAGCAGACGAAUGAGCCACAAUCGAGGGGUAAGUUUUGCUGACCUCCCCAGGGAUGGUGCUGACCAGGGAUUCUUCUGGUUGAAGGGGGAAGGGUGGGGACAAGACUUCCAAAUGGGUCAGUGUGUCAUAUGGUGGGUUUGGUGGUGCUCAUGCAGAAUGGGCAGCCCAUGUUUUUUCUCAGAUAUUUUAUGAGAAAAAAUAUUUUAUUCUAGAUUUUCCCUUUCUGGGAAAAAUCCAUUUUUUAAAAAAGGGUUUCCAGUGACCAUCGGGCAGUACCCAAAGAGAUGUUAGAUUCUUCAAAAAUAGUGUGAUUUCUGCAAAACUAUUGCUUCCCUGUGUGAUGUAUUGAGCUGGUCCACACCCAUUUCAUUAAGUAAAAGAGAUCCCAGGGAAGCUAAAAUCUCACAUUGCUAAAUCUCAGUGCAUAGCAUUUCCUGAUGUUGUGUCACAGAAGUCUGCCCUUUCCAUUGCCAUGGCUCAAAACCCAAUUGAAAUGUAGAGAUAGGCUUUGGUUCCUCUACUCGGAAUUCCAGCCUUCUGGGUCUGCCUGUCUUUUUAAAAUGAAGCAGCCUUGGGUUAAGUUAACAAUAAAUUUGAUUUAUUCGCACCCUGGUGGGAAUUUUAUAUCUUCUUUUUUUCCAGUUAGCUAAGCUCCACCUGGCUCCGCUAGAGGGGUCCAGUGACUCAGCACUCCUUGAACCGCCACAACAGGUAGAGAAACACAAACAGCAGCUCUGGGGAAAUGGGGGCUUCUCCUCACGCUUCUCUUUCGUGUUGACUGAAAAAGGGAGCUUGUGAUUACAUGGUCAUCAGUACAAGUGCACAAAUAAUAUUACUGCAAAGAACUUAACAAAGACCCCUAAGGUUUGUGCAGCCUUAAAAAUUCAUUGAUGUCAUAUUUUUAAAAACAUUUUUUAUUGUAUGUAUCUCUUCCUUCCAUCAUUAAAUACUUCUAUCUGCCCCCCAAGAAAAGCAAAUGGUGGCUCUUGAUAUGCAAUUUGGCACAUAAAUGUUUGAACCAUUUAAGAUAGGGGUGAGCAAGCUCCAGACUUCAGGCCAGAUUUGGCCCUGUGGGUUCCAGUUUGGCCUGUGGGACUGUUUUCCCCAAACCACACCCAUCUUCCCCAUACCUGAUGUCAUGUAGAAUAAUAGAUUCAUAGAACUGCAGAGUCGGAAGGUACCCCAAAGGUGUUAUAGUCCAGUCCCCUGCAAUGUAGGAAUCUCAACACAUGGUCUUUCAUCCAGUUUUAAACCAUACUGAAUCCUGCUUAGCUCUGCAAAUGUAACAUCAGGUAUAGACGUAGGUAGAUCAUCUGCAUGACCAAAUUCCCUGUGGGGCACUUGAUCAUGGUUCCUGCAGUUAACAGGACUGGCCCAUUGCCCAUCAGCAGGUGAACUCAACCCAUGAUUGCACAGCCAAUCCCUCCAGAAUGCAGCUUUGCCAAGCAUAGGCCUGCCCAAGCUCCUCUUGCUGCAGCCCCCAAGCAGCUAGCAUCGUAAUGACCCUGUGAGGGUGGGAACAGAAGGUGAUCAGGCCCACUGGGCCAGGAAGACUGCACACCCCAAUUUGAGAUGGUGUGUUUUCAAAGUGGAGAAAUCUCCAUGAGGUUGCCAUCGAGUCCACCCUCUAGAGCUAGAGAGUGAUGACAAAUGAUGGAUGUGCUGAAAGCACUUGUUCUCUGGCUACCCAAGUCUGCCAUUUUAUUUUGUGGGGACCCUUUCCCCAAGUUUGCUUCAGCAUGAGAAUAUGGAGUGGGAAAAGUCAUCCUGUGGUGUGUCUUCCACCUUAGCAAUCAUUGUGCGGUUUCUCCCUCAAACCUGAUGGCCAGCUCAAAAGUGACAAGGUAGCACACAUGGUUCUCUUCCCCACUGUUAUCCUCACAACUCUAGGAGGUAGGUUAGCCUGGGAAGCUAUGACUGGCUCAAGGUCACCCAGUGGCCGAGUGGGGAUUUGAGACCUAGUCUCCUGGGUCCUAGUCUCACACUCUAACAACUACACCACACUAGCUUUCUUUUUUGGGUGGAAAGAUCCUAGUUGUGUCAGCAGUGGAAUGUGAGUGUAGGAGCUCACAAGUGGCAGCCAUGGCAACUUGUGCGAUUGUGAAGAAACACCUGACCUGAGCAUCAGCACUCAUAAAUGUGGAGAUGGUGGGGCUCCCAGCUCAAAUAAGGCACCACUCCUAGAAAUAAAUUUCUCCUGAGAAUGAUAAAAUUGUCUCACACUUGCAGCUGAACCUUCGGAGAGUGCAGUCCACAGGGAUUGUGCAGGAGAGCAGCCAGAAUCUUUCCGCGGUGACGCGGAAAGGCAGGAAGCACCUGCGCAAGGAGGCAGACUCCAUCUUCCACGCCAAGCCAGGCCAGGCCAGGCGUAUCAGGAGGAACUCAAACCAGAAUUCUGACCAAGGUAAAAAGGAAAAGGAGGUUUUCUUGCUUGGAAUCUCUGUCAGCUAAGCCAGCCCCUCCAGACCUCCUCCUCUCCCUCCCCUCAACUGUCAUCCUGGGGGCAGCCAUUCUCUCAGGCUGCCUCAGGGGGAGAGAUGCGAAGCAACAGGGCUAAUGUAAGCAGCAUUGCUGGAGGAUCAUUUCCAUCAGGCCCCACCUGCCCCUGAACUGUGCCAGCUGCUCAAUAUAGGAACAGCUGUGUAGUGCCUGAGUUUUUCAUUUUCCUCUCCCCUCCCUGUUCCUUUUCCCUUGUGUGUUGUGUGAAUUUUUAGAUGAUAAGCCUGUCUUGUUUUGAUUGCAUGUAAGCCACUCUGGGAGCCUUUUGGGCUGAAGAGCAGGGUACAAAUGUUAUAAAUGAAUGAAUGUUGCACAUAACACAAAGAUAGCCUCAUUGGUCAUUAAAAAACAAAACUCAAAUCCCUAUGAGGGGCAGUGUAUUCAUUCAGGCCAACCAAAUGUCUUUAACGGUUGGUUUAAUAUGGAUUGUAGUAUCCUUAAUACAGCAGUAAUAAAGAUGGUAGAAUUCACAUAAAGCCCAACCACAUGUAGUAUGACCGGUGUGUGUGGAAAGGUCUCGGGUUGAGCCAGCUUGAUUUAAAUUUAGGCUGUGCCCCCUGAAGGUUCCGUCUUCCUGUCUUCCAUGAAUUUGUCCUUAGCUGGUGGCAAGAACUGUGUUUUGGCAUAGUGAAUCCCAUCCAUCAUGUGUGAGAGAUGUUGAAAACUUCUUUGGAAUAUGACGUAGCUGUGUUAUUCAGAAUUACCUCUUGGGUGAAAUGAAAGGGUGCUCCUAAUUUUAAGGGGAAAGGUCAUAGGAUUCCCCCAAAGUGAAGAAGACUUCAGACUUGCAGGCCAUUUGGGUAGGCUGCCUUCGCAAUCCCAUUUCCUCUGGUAAGGAUGCCCCAGGAUACGAAAGAAUGUUUUCUCAAAAUGUUUUAUUUUCCGACAGAUGAAGGAAGUGUUUACAAAAUAAAAGGUGUAAGGGAAGAGAUACAGAAUGCCCAGGAAAUCAGAGAUGAUGAAAACACGCAGGUGGAAUUGCCUCUUGACCAGGUAUGAGGGGGUUAUGUGGGCCUCUCUUUAGGUCAACAUCUUCUGGAUUGAUUUUAUGAAUGGAAACUCUCACCACCGCAAAGAAUCCCAGUGGGUGACGAAACUUCAGCAGGAAGAAUUCACUCUCAAAAUGUGUCUAGGGGAGGAGUUAUGGAGAACUCUGAAUAUUGGGUUGGAGUCUCUUUGCCUUUACAUUGACUCGAAAGCUGAAAGCUUUUUUAGAUCUCCAUCCUCACACAAGGAGCCUGUUGUUAAAUUUUACAUUCCAAUUGUGGCCAUGAUUCUAAAAAGCAGCUGGCUUUGUGGCUGUGGCCAACUUACUUUACAGCCCUCUACACAGAAGCAAGUCCCAUUUUCUUCACUGGGACUUACUGCUGUAUGGAGCAACAAAGCACUUCUCCAGCUGUGUGUGUUGUGAAUCCUCUUGGGCCUCUUCAAUUUUAUCUCCCCCUUUUUCCAGAAAGCUGCAGAGACUGUAGAAGAGGAAGUUGUGCCCAAAAGUGAAGCUUUGCAACGCAGGAAGGUAAAGUAGCCAGAAGGUAAAGUAGCUGUCUCAUAGAAAUGUGCAUAUUGUCUGCAGCACCUUUCACGGAAAAAAACGUAUCCAUAGUUUAACCCCUUCACCUUAGAAAAGGUGGUUAAUCACUUGAGCACAAAAUACCAUUUAUUCUUGCACGUGUUACCUUUUUCUAAGACAGGGGUGGGGUACAUCAGUGGCCCUCCACAUCUUGCAGGACUCCCAAGUCUCAUUGUCCCCUGCAGGCAGCAUGGCCCAAUGGACAGGGAUGAUGGGAGUUGUAGUCCAGCAACACCUGGGACACCACAAGUCCCCCAUCCCUGUUCUCUUCCUACAGCCCUCCUACUCCAGCAGUUGCACCCCAGUUCAACCUUCCUUCCAAAGCCCUCUAGAUGCUUAUUUCAAUAUUUUGAAGGCUAUUUCAAAAUAUUUUUUUUCAAUAGCCUUGUUUUUUAAUUUCUAAUUCUUUAUGCAUCAAGUAGGUUGAGAAUACUGACAAACUACAGAAGGCCCACACAAUUCAGUGUUCUGCUGGUGACUCACAGUAAGAAGUGACAAGAAAGCCUCCUUUCCAUCCGGCUUGAAGAAACUUUGUUUCACCUGAGAAAAGACUGUGGUAACACAAAGACCCGGCAAGGCUUUUCCUAGUUAUGCGUGUGUGUGAGAUCCUUAAACAACCACAUGCUGGUUUUGUGCAAUCUUCGACUCAAAUGCUUAUCUUAUGGAUGUUCUUACAAUAAAGAUGUAGCAUUGGAAUGCUCUCUACUUUGGAAUGUACAUCUGAGGAUCACAUCACAGAGGUGGGCUGUGGUG